UCGUACUACACGUGGUGAGCGUAUUCAGUAUAUAAACGAUCGUACAUACGUGUGUGCACGUAACGCACGCGUAACACAAACGCACGCGGGACAAGGUGUCCCGCAGUAUUUGCGUUGUGCGUGUGCCCUCGCGCGGCGCGUGACGACAGUACGAGACACGCGGAACCGGCGAACGUUCUUCGCCGGAUGGAAAACGUUCACAACAUGGCGCCAGAGUCGCCUCUCAACGAAGUAGUGGUCGAGACAAUCGAUUCGCCACAAGACGUGCGGGUUCACGUCGACGCCGGUCGGCAGUCCGCGUGCCCCGUCGCCGAGCCGCCACCGACACGCGAACUGUGCAUCACGCGAGUGCCGCGAUCGCAGCCCGCCAGCAGGAUCGUUUGCCAUGCACGUUGUUCGCGACCCGUCCACCACGACGACGACUCGGACGAAGACCUGGACGACGACGACUUGGACGAAGAAAACGACGACGACCACAACGACCACAACAACCACCACCAGCAGCAGCAGCAGCACCAUCAGCAGCAGCACCACCAACACCACCACCACCACCAGAACAACCGGGGUCACCAACACCAGCAGCACCACCAGAACCAGCACCACCAAGCCCACCACCACCAACAACACCACCAAAACCAACACCAUCCGCACCAACAGCAGCAGCAGCAGCACCAUCACCAAAACGCCGACCGAUCGCCCGUCGAGAGUAACGGUGGCGGCAGUCGCCGCGGCGUAGGCGGUACGGUCGUGGUCAGAGGCGGUUGCGGUGGUGGCGGAGGUGGAGGCAGUAGUGUCAUCGUCGAAGACGCCAAACCUCCCGAGAGCACCAUCACCGUGAUCGUUCACCAUCCAGACGACGAACGGGCGAGCCGAUCGUCCAGACUCAACACCAGGCAUUCCGUCAGCGUGGCCGGCAUGAUCGAGGCGCAAGACUACCAUCGCGGCUCCGGGAGCGGCAACAACAGUGUACUCCAGCUGCACCACCAACAGCAACAACAACAGCAGCAGCAACAGCCCGAACCCACUUACCAGACGCUCACGUCGGUCAACGGCAGGAUGUCGCCGCCCGGCUACAGUCCUAACUCGUCGUACGCCACGCUUACGCCGCUCCAACCGCUGCCGCCCAUAUCGACCAUGUCCGACAAGUUCGUGUACGGUCACUCCAACAACGUGUCCGGUUCGUUCACGGUCAUGCAGAACAACAUCGGCGGCAUGGGCAUGGUGGUCAACAGCCCGUACACGUACGAAAAGUUGGGCAUGCACUCGCCCAACCACUAUUCGCCCACGCACAUGCAUCACAUGCCGCAGCAACAGGGCUCGCCGAUAUCGCCGCAAAGUGCUUCGUACAGUCAAAACGGUGGCGGCGGUGGAGGCGGUGGCGGCCUCAACUCGCCGCAGAAGAGUAUGUCGUCGCCAAACAGCUGCUACGACUCGCCGUACACGCAGAUCGGCCCUGGCGGCCGGUCGGGGGGUGGCAACGCGAUGCACAGUCCCGACAUGAGUCAAAACUCGGGGUCGCUGCACUCGCCGCCGAUGUCCAGUUACGGCGGCACUACCACGCUGUCCAACGUCAACGGGCUGACCACCAUCACGCCGCACCCCGGCCGGGGCGGUGGCGGCGGCGUCGUCGUGUCUCCCAGACACUCCCCGUCGCUGGUAAUACACCCCAUCAUACAGCCCCAGGAGGUGGUGGUCACCACGUCCUCGCCCUCGCCACCCGACCACUCGCAGAGGAUGCAGAUGAUGCACCAGCAGCAACUGCAACAGCAGCAGACCACGCUAAUCAAGACACAGUCGAUCACCACCACGACCACGGUUUUGGUGCAGAACGCGUCUUCGGCAUCCGGUUCGAACGGCAGCGGUUCCGACAUGGAGGAGAUCAACACCAAAGAACUGGCGCAGAGGAUCAGCGCCGAGCUGAAGCGGUACAGCAUACCGCAAGCGAUAUUCGCGCAACGCGUGCUAUGCCGGUCGCAGGGCACGCUAUCCGACCUGCUCCGAAACCCCAAGCCCUGGUCCAAGCUGAAGUCCGGCCGGGAGACGUUCCGCCGAAUGUGGAAGUGGCUCCAGGAACCCGAAUUCCAGAGGAUGUCGGCCCUCCGCCUGGCAGGUACGCACGAUGAUUCUUCUUCUAACCUCGGUCAAGACUUAGAAGGUAUGUUAUUGGCAGAAAAUGGACUGCAAAAUGUUACAUCACCAAAUGUUGGAAAUUAUAUCAACAAUAUGGUAGCUCAAAUUCCACUGCAAAACCCUCCUUGCAAACGAAAAGAAGAAUCCCAACCUAUUAUUCCUGAUCAUUCAACUGCACCCAAAAAACCACGUUUGGUCUUUACUGAUCUUCAACGACGAACACUACAAGCUAUUUUCAAGGAAACGAAAAGGCCGUCAAAAGAAAUGCAAGUAACCAUAGCUAGACAAUUGGGUCUGGAACCGACUACAGUCGGUAAUUUCUUCAUGAAUGCCAGAAGACGAUCGAUGGAUAAGUGGAAGGAUGAAGAUCCAAAAGUAAUAGCGGCAUCGAACCACCAUCAAGACGACAUUGUAGUCAACAUGCAAACAGGGACACAUAUGGGUAACCACCAGUCUGAAGUGUUGUGACCAAUAAUUAAUUAGGAUAAAUAUAGAUAUUUAUUCCAAAAUAUUAGAGUACAAUAUCGAAAUGUGAUUUAUUUUCUGGUCAGUUAUACUAUAAAAGUUAAUAGAUAUAUUUUUUUCUGUUUUUACAUAAAAUUAUUAUCUCGACAUAUAUAUUAUGGUAAGGCAACAUAACAUAUUUCCCAGUGAUUUUAUCCCUACUAAUUUUUAAUCAUAACACGUAACUAAACCAUAACCACGUGUCCCUACUUCCCGUCCCAUAAUCGUAAUAAUUGAAAACAAACAGAAAUUGUGUAAAAAUCGAAAGUCGAUUGACUUCUGUAUAAUAUGUUCAUUAUUUGAUUAAACCAAUAAAUGUUUCUAUUUAUUUUCUUAGAUAUCUAUACCAAUACUACGCUAUUAUAAAAUAGUUCUUACCAAUGGUUAAAUUUGUUUUAUGUAACAACACUAUGAUAUAAGUACGCUUCAAAUUUUAUUAUUUUAAAAAUACAUAUUGUACUAAUUUUGUUGAAAAUCAUUUCACUGAUAUUUAUACAAUAUUUACUUAAUGAUCUCUGCGCAUAUGUAGUCAUAUUGAAGUAUGUAAUAUUAUUAAGGCCAAAUCACAACAUUUAAUGAUUGUUCAAUCAAAUCAAUAAUCUAGUCAAAAACCGCUCAAUUUACAUACAAAUUGAAAAAAAACAUAUUUAUAAACGAUUCUUUUGAAGUAUAUAUUUUUAUCACAACUUUAUGCUUUCACAUACUUUACUAAAAUGUAUUCCGUCAUAAUAUUUUGUAAUACCUAACAUAAAAAACUAUAGUAAUAAAAGAACAUA